AUGCCGCUCAACAACAGAAGCAAAGGAUCUCCUUUUCCUCUUCUCGGUUUCGUUCUCCUUUGUCUUCUCGCACCUCUCGUUUUCUUCUUCGCAUCAUCACUUUACACUGCUUCAUCCGAUCACAAUGAUGUUUCAGAUGUUACAAGUCAACAGGCUUCCAAAUGGAGAGAACAGAAGGCGCUACGUGACCUUACAUCGCUUUUUCCAAAAGAGGUACUUGAUGUUAUCAUGUCUAGCACAAAUGAUAUGGGGCCUUUGAGUCUAGAAAAUUUCAGAAAUAAUCUUUCUGCUUCAUGGAGAGUUGUUGGGUUAAAGACUUCAAAUUCUACGUAUCAGCUAAACCAACCAGAAACACAUCUUAGCCAAGAAAUGCAAAAGGAGAAGGAAGGAAGAUCUUCAGUUGCUCUUCCUCAGUGGAAUGAUAGUCCCGGAAAGUUAGCCAGAAGGCAAUUAAUAGAGAAAAGGAUGGCCAAGCGUGCUGCUGAGUUGGUAAAACAGGAUGACGAAGUUAUUGUAAAACUUGAAGAUUUUGCUAUUGAACGUUCAAAAUCAGUUGAUUCAGCAGUUCUAGGUAAAUACAACAUUUGGAGGAAAGAAAAUGAAAAUGAGAAUGAUUCUACCGUUCGGUUGAUGCGAGAUCAGAUCAUUAUGGCUAGGGUAUACUUGAGUAUUGCGAAGAUGAAGAACAAGCUUGACUUGUACCAAGAGCUGCUAACACGGCUUAAAGAGAGUCAGCGUGCUUUAGGUGAGGCAACUUCCGAUGCUGACCUGCACGAAAGUGAACAUGAAAAAAUGAAAGCUAUGGGUCAAAUUCUUUCUAAGGCUAAAGAUAAAUUGUAUGACUGCAAGUUGGUUACUGGGAAAUUGAGGGCAAUGCUACAAACUGCUGAUGAGCAAGUUAGAGGCUUGAAGAAACAAAGCACAUUUCUUAGUCAGUUGGCUGCCAAGACCAUACCAAAUGGAAUUCACUGCUUAUCGAUGCGCCUUACCAUAGAUUACUACCUCCUUCCACCUGAAAAGAGAAAGUUCCCUAAGACUGAGAAUUUGGUUAAUCCCAGUCUUUAUCAUUAUGCCCUAUUCUCAGACAAUGUUCUGGCUGCAUCUGUUGUUGUCAACUCAGCUGUUUUGAAUGCAAAGGAUUCUUCAAAGCAUGUCUUUCACCUUGUUACGGAUAAACUAAAUUUUGGAGCCAUGAACAUGUGGUUUUUGUUGAAUCCUCCUGGAAAAGCUACAAUCUUUGUUGAAAAUGUUGACGAGUUUAAGUGGUUGAACUCAUCCUACUGCCCAGUCCUGAAACAGCUUGAAUCUGCGACAAUGAAAGAGUAUUAUUUCAAGGCAGGCCAUCCAACCACUACUGGUGCUUCUAAUCUCAAGUACAGAAAUCCAAAAUAUCUCUCAAUGCUUAACCAUCUGAGGUUCUAUCUUCCACAAGUUUAUCCAAAAUUAGAUAAGAUUCUUUUUCUUGACGAUGACAUUGUUGUCCAGAAGGAUUUGACUGGAUUAUGGGCUGUGGAUCUUCAUGGAAAAGUAAAUGGUGCCGUUGAAACAUGUGGUGAGAGCUUUCAUAGGUUUGACAAGUACCUUAAUUUUUCAAAUCCACAUAUUGCGAAAAACUUUGAUCCCAACGCUUGUGGUUGGGCAUACGGAAUGAACAUGUUUGAUUUGAAGGUGUGGAAAAAGAAGGACAUUACUGGCAUAUAUCACAGGUGGCAGAAUCUGAAUGAAGACAGGGUACUAUGGAAAUUAGGUACAUUACCUCCAGGGCUAAUGACAUUCUAUGGAUUAACACAUCCGCUAAACAAAUCAUGGCAUGUACUGGGUUUGGGGUACAGUCCAAGUAUAGAUCGUACAGAAAUCGAGAAUGCAGCAGUUGUUCACUACAACGGUAAUAUGAAACCAUGGUUAGAAAUAGCCAUGACAAAAUAUCGCCCUUACUGGACCAAAUAUGUCAAAUAUAACCAUCCUUAUCUUAAGAACUGUAAGCUAAGUGAAUGGUCUUGA